AUGGCUUCCAAGAGGAUCUUGAAGGAGCUCAAGGAUCUCCAGAAGGAUCCGCCUGUCUCUUGCAGCGCAGGUCCUGUUGCCGAAGACAUGUUCCAUUGGCAAGCAACAAUUAUGGGCCCUCCUGAGAGCCCAUACACUGGCGGAGUGUUUCUAGUCAGUAUUCACUUUCCACCAGACUACCCAUUCAAGCCACCUAAGGUUGCAUUCAGGACAAAGGUCUUCCACCCCAAUAUCAACAGCAACGGCAGCAUCUGCCUUGAUAUUUUGAAGGAGCAGUGGAGCCCAGCGUUGACCAUAUCAAAGGUUUUGCUCUCCAUCUGUUCACUAUUGACAGACCCAAACCCCGACGACCCGUUGGUGCCAGAGAUUGCCCACAUGUACAAGACCGAUAGGAACAAGUACGAAACAACCGCUAGGAGCUGGACUCAGAAGUACGCGAUGGGUUGA